AAAUUAACAAUACAUUGGCGACUACCUGUGUAAUUGAAGACAGCAUUCUAGACCACAAGACGCAAUGUACAGUCAGACAUACGAAGAUGACGCUCCACUACCUUUAAUUGCAAAUUACACAGUCGUUAAGGAAGAUGAUGAAGAAAAGAGAGAGACAGAAGAUCGUGUUAUACUAGAAAUAGGACGGCAGGAUGAUAAGCCUAAAGAAGAACACACAUUUUCACAUAAAAAGUAUGAUAAAACUAUUUCACAUCACAGAUCUUAUGUACUAGAGGAUUAUGAGCCGAGAAGGAUUUCUUACUUCAGACCCCAUGAAUUGGAUCACAGUGCUACUGAAGGUUCCAGAUACUAUGAGCAAGAAUACAGGGAAGCCAACGUAGUUGAUAUAGCGAACUCUGAGUCCUCUCUAGAUUACUCUCACGAAUCCCAAGAUACCUCAAAAUAUGGCACAGAUGAUCCCACACAAGACACUGCUCUGAAUUGGAAGGAACGCGCUAUGCAGUUGGAGAAAGAAUAUAAAAAGACAGCCUGCGACAGAGAGAGAACGCGGAUGAGGGAUAUGAACCGUGCGUUCGAUUUGCUGCGUUCCAAGUUGCCAGUCACUAAGCCGUCCAAGAAAAAAUACUCCAAAAUUGAAUGUCUAAGGAUAGCCAUCUGUUACAUCAGACACCUGGAGUACAUGUUGUCUGGAGGAUCCCCUGAUGACAAUCCCGCGUUCUUCGAGCUGCAAGCCUCCGACAUGAGACGGAGGCAACAAAGAUACUAG